CUUCGCAGACAUUUAGGAAUGAAUAUUAAUUAAAUUGCGGACCUUGCUGAUACCUAUCGGGCUAGUAGUAGCAACAAGGACAUGAGAUAUAACCUUAUCUCGCUACAAAGCAAGUACGCACUUUACCACUACUACGAGGUCAAUGCCGGGGCUAUAGCGCUAUCUUCUUGGUGGAUGUUCUCUCUUUCUAGUGCCGUUUUUUAUCCUGAGGUGGUCUUGGCCGAUCGACGAGAUGUUCGCUACCCGCAACUUCGACCUCCCCGACUUAGUCACCUGACGAAAUUGUCGAGUCGCCAGCGGGAAAUCCACAAAUUCGCCAUUUUAUUUCGGCUCAUUGCAAGCGUCCUGUUCUCAAUUUGCAUGAGGUUAACCUCAAAGAAGGAGGGUCCGCUUCAUGUUCUCCUUGAUGCACGGAGGGAAACGGCAAUGACUUGAUGUUGCAAGUCUCAAGGGUGAGACAAUUUUCUAUAGAUUUUA